UCUUGAACCUAUCUUUUCUAGGACAGUGUGAGGUUGCAGUGGCUUUUCUCUCUCUGCCUUUUGUCCUGUGGUCUGCAAGAUGCCUGCUUUGUGAGUUCUAGCUCCUUAGACCCUGAUAUUCCUUCUCUUUAAAUGCCUAGGCCAAGGAAAGCUGGUCGUUAAUCAACAAUUGGCUUAUGGUUCCCCAACACCAGGAGCAGGAGCACAAGCUGUCCCUGACUGUUUCCUGCCUGUGGAUCCUGUUCCCCUAACUGGGCUGCCUUGUUGGGCCUCAGUGGGGGAAGAUGUGCCCAGUCCUGCAGUGACUUGAGGUGCCAGGAAAGUUGUAUCCCUGCACAUGUGGUGGCUGCUAUUGAUGUGAAUACUGUUGCUAAUGAAGUAUACAAGCAUAAUUUUCCUCAUACACACUUACUGGCAAAAACAAUUGAAGGUAUUUCACUGGAAGAGUUUGACAAGCUAUCUUUCAAUAUGAUUUUAAUGAGCCCUCCGUGUCAGCCAUUCACAAGAAUUGGCCUACAGGGGGAUAAGACUGAUCCAAGGACAAAUAGCUUCCUGUAUAUUUUAGAUAUUCUCCCAAGAUUGCAAAAAUUACCCAAGUAUAUUCUUUUAGAAAAUGUCAAAGGUUUUGAAGUAUCUUCUACAAGAGAGCUGCUGAUACAAACAGUAGAAGCCUGUGGCUUUCAGUAUCAAGAGUUUCUGUUAUCUCCUUCCUCUCUAGGCAUUCCAAACUCCAGGCUAAGGUAUUUUCUCCUUGCAAAGCUUCAGUCGGAGCCUCUCCCUUUCCAGGCCCCUGGGCAGAUACUGAUGGAGUUUCCUAAAACUGUAACUGUUCGGCCACAAAAGUAUGCAGUAGUUGAAGAAAGUAAGCUAAGAGGGAAGAGAACUGACCCACACAUCUGCACUGAGAGCAGCCGCACGCAGUGUUCUGGAAAAGACGCCAUUCUCUUCAAGCUUGAAACUGCAGAAGAAAUUGACAGGAAACGCCAACAAGACAGUGACCUCUCUGUGCAGAUGCUGAAAGACUUCCUUGAAGAUGACGACACAGAUCAGUACCUCUUACCACCCAAGUUAUUGCUGCGAUACGCCCUCUUACUUGAUAUAGUCAAGCCCACUUCCAGGAGGUCCAUGUGCUUUACCAAAGGGUAUGGAAGCUACAUAGAAGGGACUGGUUCCGUGUUACAGACUGCAGAGGAUGUGCAGAUUGAGAAUGUCUACAAAUCUCUUACUGAUUUGCCACCAGAAGAAAAGAUAGCUAAGUUGUCAAUGCUUAAACUGCGGUAUUUUACACCUAAAGAAAUUGCAAAUCUCCAGGGAUUUCCUCCUGAAUUUGGGUUUCCUGAGAAGACAACAGUGAAGCAGCGUUACCGACUGCUUGGCAACAGCCUCAACGUGCAUGUGGUCGCAAGACUGCUCACAGUCCUGUGUGAAUGAUCUGGAAACGCCUCAAGAGGUGCCACAGUGCCUCUAAUUCUACACAGUUAUUCCAAAAUUCCAUCUUGAAUUAAUUCUUAUAGAAUUCAACUAAAUAAUUUUAAUAGCAUUUUAGUGGGUAAUUCAUAGGGAGCUUAAAUGUGCAUAUCAAAUUGUUUCCUUAAAUGUAUAUUACUGUAUCUGAUAAACCUCAUGUUGCUGUGUUUGCUUUGUGGGAAAUAUUUUAUAAAGCUUUUAAACAUGUCUAUUAAAUAUCUUUUAUAUUAUGCUAUAAACAAAUUUAAGAAUUUGAAUUUUUAUAUGUAUAUUAGUACUUUAUAAAAUAUGGCAUGAAUACUAUAAUGAGCCUUAGAAAAUUAUUUUUGUAUGUUAACUUAAGACGUAUUUUAUAUAACAUGGAGAGACUGACUGGCUAGCUCUCAUAGUGCUGUCCGUGCUUCUGGCCGUCAUUCUUAACUAGCUGCGAACCAGGAUGCUGCGGUGCUGACUGUCCUAUGCCCGUGCGUGUCAUGGGAAUAGCCAACUGCUCUGUGACUUGACUUAAGGCCUGAUCAAUGAGAUAGAAUCCAUGCUUGGCCCUGUUAUCUGGUUCAAAGGCCUGUGGCUAGACAGUUCAUGGGCCCCAGUGGGUAACUUAUUAGUAUUAUUCUGAUAAAUGGGCAUUGUAUUGAAUGAUGAUGAUUCCUGAUGAUUUAUUUUCAUACCACAGAGAUUAGUGUUUCCCUCAACACUCAACAGGUGAGCCAGCUUCUUGCAGUAGAUGGCAAGACAGAAACCCAGAGAACAAGAGACUGGAGCACUCAGCCCUAAGUGACAUAUCUAUCACUCCCCUCCCUCCCGAGGCUCAGGGAUCAUUGCAGAAGAGGAAGCAAAAUCACUGUAAGAGCCACAAAUGUAGAUGACUUUAGGGAAAGAUGUUUUCCAAGUACAGCAGGACAACUGCACAUGUGGACUUAUAGCUGAGUGACAGCAUGCGAAAGACCUGCGUGAGCCUGACUCCCAGAUGGCACCCGGUAUAGAGUGGGCAGGGUGGGCACCAGAGCUCACUGUAGCACAGAGGCUGUUGGCAUUCAGUAGCUGCUGGGAGAGGAAGAGUCAAUUCUCUUCCGAGGUGUGGCUCCUGGUAUGUGGCGCACACCCCGGGGUAGACAUACACUCAAGAAUAUUUGAGCAAUACAAAUUGGACUUGACUUUUUUGAAGAGGACACAGAGUUGGGUGGAUAGGGGAGGGAGUGUGAAUAUGAUCCAAAUAAACUACGACAUUCUCAAAGAACUAAUAUUAUUUAAAAAAAUAAAAUUUUUUUUACAACUCUUAAGAUAUUACUCUUUCUGAUCAUUUAUCCUAACUCAAAACUGAUUCAAAUUCUAGCCUGUUGAGUGUUUUACUUAAUUCCAGGCCUUUUUAGACAAGUUCAUACAUUUUAAAUCAAAUUAUCAUCAUCCCACAUAGACAUCAGUCUGAAGAAUAUAUUAGAAAUACUCAGAAAUUCUUAAUCAAAUAUUUGAAAAAUGCAGGUGACUUUUUUUUUUUUUUUUUUUUUUUUUUUUGAUGAGACAGUGUCUUGCUGUGUAGCCCUGGGUGGCCUGGAAUUUGCUAUCUAGUCCAGUCUGGCUUCUAACUCAGAGGGAUCUGUCUGCCCCAACCUCCUAGAAUUAAAGGCCAGAAUACUUAACCUGGCUUCCUCUUCACUCUUAAUCUGAAGAUAAAGCCUCAUUGUCCUGCGUCCAUUCCACUGGUAAUAGUUUGCUAUUACCAGAGUGCUUUUGCUCUGUCAGCCUUUGGGUUUAGCUUGUCUGUUAUUACUUUCUAAGGAGUAUGGCAUGGUUUAUGUGGCAGUAAUGUUAAGGAAGGAAAACGUGCUGCUAUUGCUGCUAGGACUAGGAAGUCAGUGUUUAGCAGGACAGAGUUUCUGUUUCCUUCUGAAGGCGGGAGGCACUGCUGGCUCGGCUUGGCAAGCAUGCUGAGUGACACCCAACUGUACACUUAGAGUCUGUUGAAUGGCUAAUUACUUAGAUUGUGCUGAACUUUUAAAAAUUACUCCUGAACUCAGGUAAAUAUGGGUAUAUCAAAGCUAUAAGCUGUGUAUAUAUCACCAUUCACUGUCUACAUUUGUAUAUGUUUUUAAAGAUGAACCUCAUUAAAGUCUUAUAAUUACAAACUAAAA